AUGUCUGACAAGGCGCAACAACCCCUUCCUUUCAUCUACCAGUUCGCUGCUGGUGCAGUGGCUGGUGUUUCCGAGCUAAUCGUCCUCCCCGCACGGACAGAUUCUGGUGAUGUACGACCUCAUCGCUUACUCUUCACGAUCAACUUUCUUUCCAUGACGAGAGGCCAUCUGUACCCAUUGGAUGUCGUCAAGACUCGUGUCCAACUUCAGACCGGACCCGCUGUUCCUGGCGGCGAACACUACAAUGGCAUGUUGGAUUGCUUCCGCAAGAUUAUCAAGCAAGAAGGCUUCUCUCGUUUGUACCGUGGUAUCUCUGCGCCAAUCCUGAUGGAAGCGCCCAAGCGUGCCACCAAGUUUGCCGCCAACGACAGCUGGGGUUCCUUCUAUCGUGACCUCUUCGGCGUCCAAAAGCAGACCCAGAGCUUGGCCGUUCUCACCGGUGCCACCGCCGGUGCCACUGAGGCAUUCGUCGUGGUUCCCUUCGAGCUGGUCAAGAUCCGUCUUCAAGACAAGGCCUCUGCGGGCAAGUACAACGGUAUGCUGGAUGUAGUCAAGAAGAUCGUCCAGCAGGAGGGUCCUCUUGCCAUGUACAACGGUCUUGAGUCAACCCUGUGGCGCCACAUUCUGUGGAACGCCGGUUACUUCGGCUGUAUUUUCCAGGUGCGCGCUCAAUUGCCUCCCGCUGAGCCCGGCAACAAGGCCCAGCAAACCCGCAAUGAUCUGAUUGCUGGUACUAUCGGUGGUAUUGCCGGUACCCUCCUCAACACCCCCAUGGACGUCGUCAAGUCCCGUAUCCAGAACACCACCAAGGUUGCCGGACAAACUCCCAAGUACAACUGGGCCUGGCCCGCGUUGGGUACCGUGAUGAAGGAGGAGGGCUUCGGUGCGCUGUACAAGGGUUUCAUUCCUAAGGUGCUUCGUCUCGGGCCCGGUGGUGGUAUUCUCCUGGUCGUGUUCACUGGUGUCAUGGACUUUUUCCGCAAGAUGCGCAACGAAUAA